AUACCAAUAAACUGGAAUAUAUUGUCUAUUGAUGGAUUCAACUAGGAUUUUAUCAAGUGAAAUGCUGAUAACAACAACUGUCAGUAGUGAUAAUGGUGUAAACUCUUUGAAAUUACCAUCAAUUGAUAUAAAUCUGAAGGAUAAUUUUAAAACAUUAGAUAUUUAUACUUUGAUUCAUCAAAUUUCUGUUAAACAUUUAUGGUUAGCUCACCAAUUGGUGAAUCCAGAACACGGUGGUAUAAAAGAUACUGAAACAGGCAAUACACUAUUACAUUGUCUAAUUUCAUCAAUCCCUAAAUUAGCUAAACACUAUGAUAGUAUUCGAUUAAAUGAAGACAAUAAAAUAUCUUCAAGUUGGACUUCAGCAAUUGUUGGAUUACUUUAUCGACUUGUUGUACAUGGUCGAUGUUCAGUAAAUGCUCAAAAUCAUAUAGGAAAUACACCAUUGCAUUUGGUAUGUCUUUUACCUAACACAGAUUUUUUAACAAUUCAUUUGAUACGCUUAGGAGCUGAUCCGGAGAUUAAAAAUAAUUCUGGUCUUCAUGUUUACUAUAAUUGUGAAGAACAACGAGCAUGGUUGGUAAAAAACUUACCUGGUUUGAAUUGUGGCAUAUGGAAUGCAAUAAGACGAGAAGACAUCACUAAAAUAGAUUACUGUUUAUCAUGUUGGUGUCGAACUGUUGCAAAUCAACCCAAUGGAAAAAGUUUAUUUGAGUGUGCAAUGUCAACGGGUAAUUAUGAAUUAGUCAGACACAUAGAUCAGACUCGUAAUACAAAUGAGUUGAUUGCAGCCACAAUGGCAUUGGAUUUAAACUAUAUGGAAAUGCUCUUAUCAAUUAAAAUUGAAAAAGAAAAGUGUCAAGUGAAUAAAUGCGAUAUGACUUUCGAUCCUCCGCGUCCUUUAAUUGCUGAAUUGAAAAUAAUCUACGGUUCUAAGGCGAAUAAAGCUAUUGAAUUACUUGAAAAACAUGGUGGAUGCAAUGAACUGCAAUAUUAUGAGGAAGUUGAAAAAAAGAAAAUGGCUUUUAUCAAUUCUCCAUUUUAUUUACAAGUACAAACUGCAAAAACAGUGUCUGAUUUAAAUGAGGCAUGGAAGUUAAUUGAUCAUUAUUCCUUUCAACCAAAUCUUAGACGACAUACAGAUCAAGCAACAUUUCUGCAUUUUUUAGUUGAACGUUAUAAGAGUUUAAGGCAUCAACAACAUUUGCAACGAGGUUUAAUUCGACUUAUGGCUAAACUAGCCAUUUCUGGUGUCGAUCUACAAGCACGUGAUAGUUACGGGAACACUGCCUUACUUUGUGCUGCAAAAGAAAAUCAUUUCAUUGAAGUAGUGACUGGUGAAGUAACAAGGCAUUCUGUCCAUCAAAUUCAUGAAGACAGAAGAGAUGAAAGAGGAGAAAAAAGAGAAGGAGUAGAUGAUGAAGAAACUGAAGAACCACUAAAUUAUGAAGAGGAAUUAAACCAACCAAAAAAAGUAUAUGAAUCUGUUAUUGACAUAAAUGAAGAAAAGGCUGUUCCAGAUACUGAAAGUACAAUCAAUAUUGAGGAUAUGGAUCAUGUAGUUGAAAAUGUUGAGUCUUAUAUAGACAGUGAAACUGAGAGAUCUGCUAAUUUCAGACCUUCUACAGGUGUUUCAAAAUCAGAACAAGUCAAGUAUUUAACCAAUUCACAUAUGAAAAUUCCACAUUUCAGUGAUCAACGUUUAAUUUCAGUUUUAAUCCAGUUAGGCUCAGAUAGUUCAAUUCCAUGUAACGAUGGUUACUCAGUGUAUCAUGAAAAUUACAUCCCUAAAGGCGCUUAUACAAUUGACAGAAAUAUUCAGUCAAGUCUAUUGAAGUGCAGUAUUAAACGUUCUAAAGGUUUGAUAGACCAUCCGGGUAUAUGGCCAAUUGUAGACAGAUUAAUAUACAGCAUACAAUAUGAUAAAUCGAAUGAUAUUAUCAACUUUUUUUAUACUGAACUAGAGAAUACAAUCAAAGAGAAUUUAACUUGGUUGAGAGCCAAACGCUCAGGAUUAACAGUCAUUGAAUGGAUCAAAUCAUUAUGGGUCCAUCAAGAUUACUGUGACAAGUCGAUUAAAUUGAUAUACUGUAAAUUGAUCGAUAUGUUACAACACUAUAUUAGUUUAACUGAUUUUGCAAUUUAUGCCAUGGCUGGUGAUAUUCAACAGUUGAAACAAUGUCUAGCUAUGGGAAAAGGUCAACUGAAAGCUCAACUUCAUAUACAAAAAUUUCUGACAGGAAUAAAGAAAAAUGAUGUCAGAGCAAAUUUUAUAUCACGUCCAUUGUUAAUAAGUGUUAUGGAAUAUUCUACAGCUGAAGUACUGAAGCUUAUGAUCCAGUCAGGAGCAAAUUUAAGCGAAUAUUAUUCAGAGAUGGAACCUUUUGGACCAGUAGCAUUCUGGAGUUUCAAAGAAUUUGUCAGUCUUCAACAUACUUAUGAAGUAGUUAAAGAAGCUCCUAUACAUUUAAGAGAUUCAAAUGGAUCCUCAUUGUUUCAUUACGCUGCAAACCUUUUCCAAGUGAUACAUCCACAGGAUAAUAAUGGAUUUCAGUGGGCAAGUUUAAUUCUAGCUACAGUAUUGAAACGAGGAGUUAAAAUUUAUCAGCGAGAUGUUUGGGGGCGAAACGGACGUGAUUUGUUGAACAAAAGUGGACAAAAAUUAAACAAUACAGAUACUGAAUAUUGUGAAACAGCAGAAAAGUUCAGGCCAUUUGAAGAGAAAGCACCACACCCUUUUGAUCUUCAUGAUAUAAUCAAUUCAGAGACUGGUGACUUAUUGACUGCUGAGCAGUUAGUUGAUCGACAAAUCGCUUUUUUAGUGUCUGCAAAUCAUAUACAAUCAAUAGAGGAGUUAAAUCUUCACGGAUAUAACUAUGUACACUUGGCUAAUUCUGGACCUCCAAAAUACAGAUAUGCAAGAGUCAUUGCUGUACAGAAAGAGUACAAUGAAAUGAUAACACUUCUAGAUAUAUUUGAUCAAUAUCGAUUAGAAAUGAGUGAAGUACACAAAACUAUUCUAAUUGGAGAUUAUCAUCACUUCCUUCGACUAGUGAAUAAUAAAAAAGUAAUAAUGAGUCGUGAUUGGAGAGAACGCUCACUGUUACAUCUUGCAGUACUUUAUCGUAGGACCGAUUUUGUCCUGCAAUUAAUUGAAUUAUGUCCAGAGCUUGUCAAUUAUCAAGACUGUCUUGGACGUACUCCACUUCAUUAUGCAAUCUGUUUAAAUGAUAAUCGUAGGUUAUUCUUGAAAAUUGUUGCAAAGUGUGGAUCUGUAGAUAAACACAUCAAGGACUUGGUAUGUUCUUGGGCUUAUAAUUUUGGUCAUUUUUUAGAAUCAAGUCUGUUCAUGUUUUACUUUUUUAUACUUGAUUAAGUCAAAACUAAUUCUUGGGUGACUUAAGACGGAUUUUUCGAUUUCCAAGGGAUUUUUCUCAGUAAUAGUAGUCAACUAACAAAUCGAUGUAAAGUAGUCAGCACUGUGAAGCUACAUGCACUAGGCAGUGUUUCAAAUCCACUGUGUAAGGAGCUACAAUACUAGAUAUUUCCGCUGAGUCAUUGGUCGAUGGUGUGAUUUUCAAAUUCACAUCCUGAAGGCUGCUUGCCUAUAGCAACGUGUCAGAAUUCCUCAAAAACGUCUGAACUAAAAAUUAUACUAUUACAGAAUGUUAUGCACGAUGAACAUAAGUAUUUUACAGAUGAGCAGAAAUUCAUUCAGAUCAAAUAUCCCAGUUGGGCUCCAGACCUUCUGAAUAAAUUACUCGUUCUAUUAACACUGUACAACAGGUACUGAAGUGCUUCCGAUACCCAAUACAGCGCAGUGUAGUGUCGCGUCACUGAGCUUGAUGACCACUGCAAAUAUGAUCAUCAGAAUUCAGUAACUACUGAGUAACACAGACUUGAUAUCUACAUACUAUCAGUCAUACAGGGAACCAGUUGUGCCGUAACUGGCUAUGGGUGAUGCAGAUUCCGAUCAUCAAGGCAACAUCAAUUCCCUCAUGGUUAUAGAUACAUCUUACCAAUGAGUGCCAACAAAUACCAAGCCUAUAUCCAGGGUUUCCUGCCAAUCGACCACCUCUCCUCCUCAAUCUAGCAUAAAACCAAGUUGGAGAAUAUGCAGAAGCGUAGUAGUUCUGUAUGCUAUACAUCACCUUAUAAACAGAAUAUGAUAUCAGGCUUUGUUCAAUAAGAAAAUAAAGCAUAAUACAAUAAAACCUGAGUACAACUGUAGGUUUUCAUAUUAUUCUGUAGAUUCGUCCUUUGUAAGCGGGUUUCAUCUGUCUAAUUCUAUUUAAAACGUCAAUAAUUUCAACUUCUUGUUAGAUAUCUUUGGAAUAUUUUAGCGAAAUAUUUCUAUCAAUCAAUAUGGUGAAUAUUAUGAAAAAAAGAUACCUGAAUACAUAGAUCUAAUUGAAGUAGAAAAGUCAAACGCUAUACUUGAACCUAAUUGGCCUGAUCAAAAAAUUUAUUCACUAACAAUUAAUCAGUCAUUAAAAACUGAAUUAGAAGAGAAACAAAACGCCAAUAUUCAAUACAAAGAUAAACUUAUGAAUGAACAACAGGAAAAAAAUUUCAACUGUUUAACAUUUCCUAUACCUGGUGCAUUCAAUGCAAUUGAAUUGAAGAGAAUAAAAUCAGCAACAAACUGGCGGCAAAGAACUUAAAACAAGGUUGUACAAGCAAAUCACUCAUGUUGCCAAGAUUUUUAACAUUAUUAUUCCAAAAAAUCAGUAUUUAAAAAAUUUUUUUCCCGCCUAUUGUUCUCAUUUAACUUAUAAUAAAAGGUAAAGAAUUAACAAAAAAUAAUACAUU